AUGAGAUAGUGAAGGUCAAGGAUGCCAUUGGGACUUGUGUCGCUUGGCCGAGGAACCUUGUUAUUGCCCCUGCACCUGGUGGGAAGAAAAAACCAAAGCGUAAAAUUCCUAAUAGGCCACAGAAAGAUAUGUUUGAUGAUAAGGAAGACUUGCAAAUCCUGCCAUCGAAUCUCCCUGCACCUUUAAAGGACUUAUGCAUUUGGGCAAACAUUGGAUUGCAGAAUGGGGCAACCAUCCACGCCACUUUUGGACCAGAACUUUUUGGUCAUCCACAUAAAGCCUUUGUCUUUAGAAAGGACAUCUAUGCUAUGACACACUUAUUGGAAAUUUCAGGCAGCUGCAUUGUUUUUUACAUGAGCUACCUUCAAGGUGUGUUGAAGAAGGCUAAGAUGAAUGACAUGGUCGCUUUUGUCGACCCUGCUCACACGGGUGCAAGUGGUUGUGGAAAUCCAACCGAACGAGCUCGCUUAGUAUCAAAUCGGUUCAUAAAUGGGAAGUCUGGGCAAAUUUAUUUGGUCCCAUAUAAUUCAGGUGGUCAUUGGACAUUGUCUGCUGUGAAUCCAGCUGAAGAAACCAUUCACUUCAUGGAUCCGUUAAAGAGGCGACUCAUCGCUGGUGAAUGGAAAACAAUUCUGGACAACUCCAUUAAAAUCUACAAUGCACACAAGAAUAAGAAAGGGAAGAAAACCAUUCAAUGGAAAAAUCUUGCUGGCAUUCCGGAGCAGAAAGAUAGUAAGACUUGUGGGUAUUGGAUCAUGCGCUACAUGAAGGAGAUAGUGGAAGAUAAGAAUUUGGAGUUUGCAGCUAAAUGGGAAAGAAGGACAAAUCUGGUUUACACUGAAAAGGACAUUGAUCAACACUAUGCCAAAAAGACUACAAUUUUCUGUUGUCCCAAUGUCAUAAAGACAAUAAACUUCUAA